UUCUGUCAAUUAAAUAUCGGGAAACAGAAAAGUCCAGAGCCUUUGCUUAUAUUUCUUUUGAGAACCCUGCGGACGCUGAGGUAGCUGCCAGAGAGAUGAAUGGAAAGACUUUGGAUGGCAAAACAAUAAAAAUAGAGCAAGUCAACAAACCAUCUUUUGAAAGUGAUGGAAGACAGAGACCACGUCCUCUUCUAAGGAACAGGGACCCUCCUAGAUGUCUGAGAGGUGGCAAAGGGGGAAGUGGAGAAGCAAGAGGACAUCCUUCACAUGGAAGACACUUGGGUAAUGUUUUAAAUGUUCAUCUGAGUUCUUCCAGGGGAUUAUUUCUAGUUAAAAGAGGCAAAUCGUCAAGAAGUGCAGGUCCUCCUCCUAAAAGAUGUGCUUCCACUGGCCUAGUGCAAAGCAGCAGUGGGAGGGGAGACAAGGUGAUCUGGUUAGUUUGUGCUGCUCUAACAGAAAUGCCACAGGUAGAUGGCUGUAAGAAAACAGGAGUUUUUAAAGUUCAGGAGGCCAACAGGCAGAAUUCGGUUUAUGCAGGCAGAGAUUAUUCAAGUUCCCGAGACACUAAGCAUUAUGCUCCACCAUCUAGAGACUGUGGUCAUUCCAAGUGUCGAGCUAAACACUCCGCUAAAGGAUACAAUGUCCAUGAUAGUUACGGUGCAGGUCGUGAUAGAGAUCAUUCUGAACAUGCAAGUGCAGCCUGUUGCAGAGAUUCGCAUGCAAGUUAUGGUAUCUCAGGUAGUGCACUACCUGCAAGAGGAUCUCCUGUGGCUUACAGUGGAAGCAGUCUCUAUGAUGACUAUCGCAGUCCUCAUGGUGGAUAUGGUAGACGUCAGGAAAAUUACUCAAGCAGCCGAAGUGACACCUACUCGAGUCAUCGUGAGCGAGUCAUCGUGAGCGUGGUGGAAUUCAUGGUAAACAAAUUCCUUAUUGAACGCUUUUUGAAAGUGAUUGAAAAGUCUCUAAAUUAUCUCCAAAACACUGUUUUCCUUAUCCUUGUAAAUACUACAUCUCUUUGUGCUUUGAAAUCAAAAGUACAAAGCCAUAGAAAUCAAAAUGGAUUGAAAUUCUCUAACACCACUUUAACUAAAAGAAAGAGGACACUCAAAUCUAGAAACAGCCCGGGAGUUAGUCUUGAUAAUACUAUGCCAUGGUCAGUAAUAGCACUUAUGCGAAAUCAAAAUGGACUGAAAUUCUCUAACACCACUUUAACUAAAAGAAAGAGGACACUCAAAUCUAGAAACAUCCCGGGAGUUAGUCUUGAUAAUAGUAUGCCAUGGUCAGUAAUAGCACUUAUGCG